AUGGCGUCCUACUUUAUAAUCACUCGUGAGGCCUCUGAAGUAGCUGGUUCUCCAGACCCUGCCCUCAUUAAUGCCUACAAUGCCCUCCAAAUCACUGGACUAGUCCUUCUUGUGGCAAUUGUCCUGACUGCCCGGUUAUCACCAACUAUCAAUCGUUCUAUAGCGUGGUACAACCUCAUUCUCUCGUUUGUAUUCUACGCCGUUUCCUUUCUCCUCAUUAUGGGCAAGCAAUACGGCCCAGAGCCCCCGUUUGGACUAUGUUUAGCUCAAUGUUUGUUCGUCUAUGCGGCACCUGUCAUGAAUGCUUGUGCAUGUCUCUGUUUCGCCCUCGAACUUUUCUUCUGCGUAUCUCGCGCUACCGCUCAGACUCGAUUGUCAAUCAAGUGGAGGCUCUCGAUAAUAUUAAUACCCUACAUCGUACCACUCCUCGUUUGCAUGGAGGUUCUAACGUUCGCUCUGACUCGCCAUGGCAUAGUCCGUCGAAAAUCAAUUGGGAUGUACUGUCAUCUCGCCAUAUCCACAGCGUCUCUCAUUACGAACAUCGCAGUCACUGUUAUCAUGGCACUUCUACUGCCUGUAUUCGGAGUCACUAUCUACAGAGUAUCGAGAAAAUGGAAGGCGUCCAGACACCUCCAUGUCGACAAGGAUGGUCGGGUGCCUAUACAGAUGAUUGUGCGCUUUGGUAUGGUGUGCAUAUUGCCGAUCCCUGCCGUUAUACUGUCAGUGCUCAGCGUACCAGCGUUCGACAGUCGCGGCGACGGUCCUCUUGCUGUAGCGAUCGCUACAUAUCCUAUCUGGGCGGCCUUGAUAUUCGGAAUUCAAAAUGUCGGAUAUACUCCGCGUCUGGACGUUCCGAAAGCGAGUGCCCAAGUCUACGACUACCUCGCCGUCGACCGAGGUAUCAUGUGA